GAAGCAAUCAAGAAACACAAAAACAAACAUCAAAAAGCAAUCCCAGUUAAAAAAAAAACAGAGUUCUCUUCUCAAAUUCAAGAAAAUGGGAAUGUCGAAAUCAAAAGGCAACACACACAACAUCUUCCUUCUCUGCAACUACAUCCUCUUAGGCUCAGCCUCAAGCUGCAUCUUCCUCACAAUCUCCCUCCGUCUCUUCCCAUCUCUCUCCGGUCUCUCCCUCAUCUUCCUCCACACUCUCACAAUUGCCACCGCGGUCUCUGGCUGCUCGAUCUUCGCCUCCUCCACAUCCGCCACCGCUAGCGAUAGAUUAUACGGUUCCCACAUGGUAGCCACAGUCCUCACGGCCAUUUUCCAAGGAGCAGUCUCUGUUCUGAUAUUCACGAGAACAGGGGAUUUCCUUAGGUUCUUGAAAUCGUAUGUUCGGGAAGAAGACGGUGCAGUGAUACUUAAACUCGCUGGUGGUUUAUGUGUAGUGAUGUUUUGCUUAGAGUGGAUUGUUCUUGUGUUAGCGUUUUUGUUGAAGUAUAGUGAUUAUUUGGAUGAGAGUGUUGUAGAUGAUGAUGAUUUUAAGGUAAGGAGGCAAGAAGAAGAUCUUAAGGAUUGGCCUUCUUACCCAUUUCAACUUAAGCUUUAAUUUUCAGUUUCAUUUUAUUCUAUUCAUUUACACAUUUUUGUGUGUUGGUUCAUGUUUGUAAUGUGAUUAUGUCACACUUUAAUGGGUGUACAAAUUAAUAAUUCGUCAGUGUGUAUUUUUUAUAUGAAUA